AUGGUAAUGGGUGGUGUGGUGUUGGAGUGGGGACAGCACCAAGCACUGUACUGUCGUGGUCGGUGCGCUCUCUUCGUACUGGGUUUAAAGCCUGGAGUGGGGGGCCUUCAGUACUACUGGGCGCUCAGAGUCCAUUCCCUGCUGUACUGGAUCAAGUACGAUCUCGGCUCAACGCACAUCUCUUUGACUAUUCCGUCUUUUAUUCAGAAGCUGUUCGCGCACUUCCUCAGGAUUGAGCAUUUUGGGAGCAAGCAGCUCUUUGGACACUGGAAGAGUGGAGCGUGUUUGCCUAGACAUAAGUCUUUGUGCUGGAGAUCCAAGUUUAGAGUCUCUAGGUCGAUCUCGAACCAGCCCGAGAAGGAAUCCACAAGCACCAGAUACUGCUGGCCGUGCCAUUCAAAGAUGUCAGCAGCUACAGUCGAUCAAGGGAGCUCAGGAAUGGUGUGCAGGAACAACGGCUCUUUUUGCUGA